GCAGCAGCGGCGCGGAGGCGGGCGAGGGCCGGGGCGCGCGGGGCCGCGGGCGCCAGGGGCCGCGAGCGUGCCCGCCUCCCCCGUGGGUAGGGGCGGCGGCGGAGCGGCGCCUUUAAGCCCAGGCGCCGGCCCCGCGGUCCCGCCCCCCGGAGGACGCCUCGGCGCGCGGCCGGCGGAGCUGCCGUUUAAUUGGGGCUGUCAGGCCGCGGCGCGCGCGGAGGGCCGGGCGGGCGGGACGGAGGCCGGGAGGCCGGGGCGGCCGGCGCACGGCUCGGCGGGAGGCGGGCGCCCGGAGAGCGGCUGGGGCCCGCGCUGCCGGGGCGCCGUCCCAGGGCAGGGCUGCCCGGCCCCGGCCCCGGGCCGCCCGAGCUCCCCAUGAAAAACCAGCUCCGCGGCCCCCCAGCGCGGACGCACAUGUCGGCCUCGGGGGCGGUGGCGGCGGGGGACACCGGGGUGGGGUCCGAGCCCGGUGCGGGGUCCGGGACCGGCGCGAGCACCGGGGCGGGCGCGACGACGGGAGCAGGGACCAUGCCCUGCAAAAGCGCGGAGUGGCUGCAGGAGGAGCUGGAGGUGCGCGGCGGCGCGUCGCUGCUGCUUCUUGAUUGCCGGCCGCACGAGCUCUUCGAGUCGUCGCACAUCGAGACGGCCAUCAACCUGGCCAUCCCGGGCCUCAUGCUGCGCCGCCUGCGCAAGGGCAACCUGCCCAUCCGCUCCAUUAUCCCCAACCACGCCGACAAGGAGCGCUUCGCCACGCGCUGCAAGGCGGCCACCGUGCUGCUCUACGACGAGGCCACGGCCGAGUGGCAGCCAGAGCCUGGCGCUCCUGCUUCUGUGCUCGGCCUGCUCCUGCAGAAGCUGCGCGACGACGGUUGCCAGGCCUACUACCUCCAAGGUGGUUUCAACAAGUUUCAGACGGAGUACUCAGAGCACUGCGAGACCAACGUGGACAGCUCGUCCUCACCGAGUGGCUCGCCGCCCACCUCAGUGCUGGGCCUGGGGGGCCUACGCAUCAGCUCCGACUGCUCGGACGGCGAGUCAGACCGGGAGCUGCCCAGCAGUGCCACUGAGUCAGACGGUAGCCCUGUGCCGUCCAGCCAGCCGGCCUUCCCUGUCCAGAUCCUGCCCUACCUCUACCUCGGCUGUGCCAAGGACUCCACCAACCUGGAUGUGCUUGGCAAGUACGGCAUCAAGUACAUUCUCAAUGUCACCCCCAACCUGCCCAACGCCUUUGAGCACGGCGGUGAGUUCACCUACAAGCAGAUCCCCAUCUCUGACCACUGGAGCCAGAACCUCUCCCAGUUCUUCCCCGAGGCCAUCAGCUUCAUUGAUGAGGCCCGCUCCAAGAAGUGUGGCGUUCUGGUGCACUGCCUGGCAGGCAUCAGCCGUUCGGUGACGGUCACCGUGGCCUACCUGAUGCAGAAGAUGAACCUGUCCCUCAACGAUGCCUACGACUUCGUCAAGAGGAAAAAGUCCAACAUCUCGCCCAACUUCAACUUCAUGGGGCAGCUGCUAGACUUUGAGCGGACGCUGGGGCUAAGCAGCCCAUGCGACAACCACGCUCCCAGCGAGCAGCUAUACUUUUCCACGCCCACCAACCACAACUUGUUCCCACUCAACACGCUCGAGUCAACGUGAGGCCAGGUGCACAGGAGCCAGGUGGGAGGGCCCAAGCCUGCUGCCUCAGGCCUGAGGAACCCACAGAUGUCACCCAGGCCCAGGGGCCCAGGCUGGUCACUGGCUUCACUCACCAUCCAGUAGCAGCUCAGCCCACAGGCCCGGCCUCCCUCUGCAGGGCUCUCUGGAGAGGGCCUCGACUCUCGGACACAUGGCUUUAGGGGCCCACCGGGGCCUCAUCCUUGUCCUGGACACUUCUGCUGAUGGCCUGGCCAAUUUGGCUAUUUUUUAAAGACACAUCCAUGGACUCGAGUUUACUUUUUACUUUUGGCAGGUAAAUCCAAGCUCCCUGGAGCACAGAGAAUGUUCAAGCUCUUCUUGAUUUUCUUUUUUUUUUUUUUUUUAUGAAAAGUGUUAUUUUCAGGCUCCAUGCAACAGUGGAUUGUAUAAACCAGUAUUUUAUCCCUGUCUUGAUCCUGCAAGAGAGAGAGAAGUGUCCACAGUUUUGUUUUUCUAUUUCAAAAAGCAAUUAUUGAUGUUUUUUUUCCUCGUGGAAAAGACAAACCCCAUGUUGAUCUUGACCAAAUGCAUUUUGCACAUAUGUGAAGCCUCCGUUUCUGCAGUGAGCCCUUCCUGAAGGGGAGGCUCACUGUCCCCAGGAGCUGGGAUGCCCCAUUCAUGCCUACGUCUCCCAUGCUUGGCCCAGCCUGGCUUGACACUGCAUUUGCCUGCGAUGACUGCUGCAAGUUGUGACGGGCGGGCAGGCUGGCCAGGUGGUGUUUGCAUUCUCUGCCCUCCCAGCUGCCCCUCAGGUGGUCCUGGCAGGUCUCCCCGAGGCAGAAGGUGGGGGCCCUGCCACUGCCCUGCUGGAGACGGGCACAAGAGACUGCCAAGCAGUAGCAUUAGCCCUCUGGGCUCAGCCCCUAGGAGGGCCUGGGCCCUGGGCCCUUUCAUAUACUCUACUUCUGUCUCUUUCUCUCUCUCUGUUUGCAACUGGGAGUGGAGGCCCAGGGCUGCGGGAAGGCUUAGCAGGUGGGGUCGCAGCCCUGCCUCCUAAGUUUCUUUCCCUCCUCCUGGUUGCUGCUCUGCUCCAGUGGCCGCUCCCAGGUCCUUCCCCCGUGGAAGCCCACACUGCUUUCAUCUUGCCCGUGCCUUCUCUACCAGGAGACUCGUACCUGCUUCAGCCCUAUGGCAGGGGUGGGUGGGGUGGGGAUGCAGGGAGGUACCUUGGACAAGUGGAGGGGGUGUGAGGCUCGGUCUACCCAACCCCACCCCUUGUAUCCACAGAACAAAGCCACGGAUUCCGUUAUCCUCCAGUUUUGUUCCUACUCCAACCUCAGUUCUACCAGGUGUUAGGACUGCGUGGGGCCCGGGCAGGGGCGAGUGGGUGGGUCAGGGUCCCUAGGGAGCCAGCCUGAACUCAGCAUGUGAGCGAGGCCACGGAAACUGCCCCCAGUGCAUCUUACCUCAAGGGGUUGUCUUCAGGGAUUCUUUAGGGCAGCAGAGUAAAAUCUUGCCACAGUUGAGAAAGUAGACAAAAAGCUUCCAUGCCGUACAUGGUUCUCUUUCUCUCUCUCUCUCUUAUUUUUAAAAAUAAAAACCCAGAAAGAUGCAUCAGAUUUGUGUAAAUGAGGGUUUGCCAAGAGGGUGGCCAGUUUUGCUUUAUGAUCUUAUGAAGGAAAAUUUGUGACCCUACAUAUAUAUAUAUAUACACACACAUACAUACAUAUAUAUAUAUAUAUAUAUAUAUAUAUAUAUAUAUAUAUAUAUUUA